AUGACUUCCUCCGGAAAACAACUUUCUAUUGGCGCCAAUGACGCUGUUGCUACUACUGCGUUGGAAUAUGAAGUCCUCUACUUUGCAAGGUCCAAAAAAGUUCACAAGUCCAAGGGCGUCUCCAAAUUUGAUGGAGUUCUCAGCAUCAAUGUGACAACAGGAAGCAUUCGGCUCAAGGAUUCCACGGCGGAUGAUGAGGACGAAAGUGAUGAAGACGACGCAGAUGACGACGACAACCCAAAGGGAAGAAAGAAAAAGUCCUUUUCCAAGAAAAAGAAACAGAGAGCCAACAAGGCCAUUCCUUUCAGUGGAAACGACAAGGCAUUGGCACAGCGAGCCCAGGACAGUCUACAAGAUGAUGACACUAUCGUCUUGGGAGGAUAUGAAGUGCAAAUUGUGUCUCGCAUGAGUGCUGCUUCGCAGCCGACCAAGAAACCGGCCACUCUCAGCUUUUCUUCCCGCAAGCGACCCGCAGGUCUCAACAGCGGCAAGACUGGCUCUGUAUCCAUCCUGUCCAACAAGCGAGCAUUUGUGGCCAAGCCACUCAAAAGUGUCUCAAAACCAUCCCUGCAGUCUCGUCAGCAGCAACCACUUGCCAAGAGAAAGCCUCUUUUGCCGCUCUCACAGAGCACCUCGCUCCAUCCACGUCGGGCUGUCAAUCCAUCACGUGCCACCACUCAAGUGGCCAAAAAGCCAGCCGCCAACAAUGGCAAUGCGUGUCAAAUCUGCCCUGGAAUACCGUUGACCGGGCAGAUCCGAAAUGUCCUCUUGCCCCAUCAAGUUGUAGGCGUGGAAUUCCUCUGGAAUGCCUUGGUCGUUGGUCCCGACAAGGGUGCCAUUCUGGCAGAUGAGAUGGGGCUAGGGAAGACUCUCAUGACGAUAGCAACCAUUGUGGGACUGCAUCGAACGCACCGAGAAAAGCACUUUAUCGUUGUGUGUCCCAGUUCACUGGUAUCCAACUGGGCCAAGGAAUUUGACAAGUGGGUGGGCAAGGCCAGUCAACCCAAACGAGUUGUCAUUCAAAGCGGAAAGGAUGAAUCCAUAUCUCGGCUCAAGGCAAUCUACUCAUCGACAAAGAGCAUUGGAGGGCAGGUCUUAAUUCUUUCCUUUGAUAUAUUCCGACGUGUCACCCAAAACAUCAAACAGAACAUUGGUCUCGUCGUGAUUGAUGAGGCGCACAAAAUGAAGAACAAGGACGCGCAAACCUUCACUGCUCUAGCAUCGAUCCCCACAGAAGCGAGACUCUGCAUUACGGCGACGCCUGUCCAAAACAACUUGAAGGAGUUCUACACACUGGCCAACUUUGUGCGACCGAGUUGUCUGGGAGAAAUCAAUGAGUUUCGGCGUGAGUACGAACGUCCGAUUGCUGCCGCAAACCAUAAGAAUGCAUCGACGGAGCAGAAGGCUCGAGGAAAGGAACAGUCCAAGGCACUAGACGCCUUGAUCAAACCAUUCAUGCUGCGCCGCCUUCGAAAGGAUAUUCGCAACGAUUUGCCUCCGCGUGAAACUCUUCUUUUAUUCUGUCGUCCUACCCACACACAGACUUCCAUGUACCAGGAGCUUUGCCGAAAGGCCACUUGGGGGGUCAGCGAUGGUCGCUCGGACGCGCUCGCGACGCUACAGACCUUGCAGAAGCUUUGUACUCAUCCAGCCAUGCUUGAGAAGAACAAGGCGGCAGUCAAUCUACUUUCCAAUGAGAGUGUAGCGCUCUCGGGAAAGCUUGCAGUUUUGGAGACCCUGUUGAUGGCUAUUCGAGAGCAACGUGAUAAGGUCGUAAUUGUGUCCAACUUCACGACCGUUUUGUCUCUGCUGGAAGCAACGAUUCUGCGUCCCAAACAGAUGCCCUUUGUGAGAUUGGAUGGCAGCACGGACCAGUCGGAUCGUCAGGUGCUUGUCGACAACUUCAACCGAAAGGGUGGCUCGGGAUUUGCAUUUCUCUUGAGUUCCAAAAGCGGAGGAUGCGGCCUCAACUUGAUUGGAGUCAUUCUACAGCGCCAGAUGACAAAGGAAGCCCUUGAGGUGAUGAAUGGCAGCAGUAAAAAGUCGACUGAAAAGUUCUCGAAGGAAGAGAUUGCAGACUGCUUUUCACUCAAGGCUUGUGACUGUGACACAAAAGACAAGCUGGGGCUGGGCUCGUCUUGGCCCAACUAUGUGGGCCCGGACAGUCUCGAGGCGCAGGGUAGCAAAGAUCAAGUGUUGCAGAACGUGGCUGGAACAAUGUCAGAUGUGCUAUCCUUUGUUCACUUGUGUGUUGAAAAGCAGGCCGAGGUAGAUGCUAGUGACGAGAAGUCGAACCACGAAGAAAGCAAUGACGGUGAAGUGGAGCCUGAGGAUGAAGAGGCGGAAGAAAGCUCCAGCGACGAAGAGAUGGAGUUCUAA